CAAAAAAAAAUUUGAUUAUUUGUAUUUGACUGAAAUAGAUGUUGGGAUCGUUCAUGACAAAAUUGCUAGGUUAACAAGAUAACAUUGAACUCAUUAUUCAAAAAUAUUAUUCUUGAACAUCCUUGAUAAAUUUUCUGGCUCCGCCCUUGAUGUCAACCAUCCCCGCAUCUCAUAAAUCAGAUAAGACAACUACGGGGAGGGGCAAAAUGAUCAACACAGAAAAUUCUUUUUUUGGGGGGGCAUUUCGCUAAAUAGUUGUUCUAUCGGUGAGAAUAUACUAUUCAAUGUGUAAACUCUAUUAUAAAUAAACCUCUUUCAUAUGUGAAGAAGACAUAUAUAGCUCUCAAGCUUCAGCAAAAUGGCCAACUAUAAUUCUCUUCCAUCACCAAUAGCCAAAAGGCUAGAAGGUAAGGUAGCACUUAUAACUGGUGGUGCUAGUGGCAUAGGAGCAGCAACAGUUAGGUUUUUUGUUCAACAUGGUGCAAAGGUUACAAUUGCAGACAUUCAGGACAACCUUGGAACUUCCUUAGUACAAGAAAUUGGCACAGAACAUACAAUUUUUGUCCACUGCAAUGUCGCAAUUGAAUCAGACGUCCAAAAUUGUGUUGAUUUAACAAUUGCCAAAUUUGGUAAGCUCAACAUAAUGUUCAGUAACGCUGGUAUAGCGGAUAAGUCAAUUUCUAGCAUCUUAGGGGUAGAUUAUAACGCAAUCAAAAACGUAUUUGAUGUAAACGUUGCUGGUGCCUUCUUUUGCGCAAAACAUGCUGCUAGAGUGAUGAUUCCGGCCAAAAUAAAAGGUUCCAUUAUAUUAACAGCAAGUGCUGCGACAGUGGUCUAUGGUCUUGUCCCACAUGCAUAUGCGGCAUCAAAAAGUGCAGUCUUAGGACUCUCCAAGAACAUAGGAGUCGAAUUAGGGAAAUACGGAAUAAAAGUUAAUUGUGUUUCUCCGCAUUACAUUGGCACACCACUUACGUUGAACGCGCUCGGAAUAGCUGAGAGAGAAACGGCGGAGAAAUGGUUUGCAGAAGGAGGAAGUCUGAAAGAAGCAUUACUAGAUGAAGAGGAAGUGGCAAAGGCAGUAUUGUACUUAGCGAGUGAUGAUUCUAAAUAUGUGAGUGGUAUAAAUCUUGUUAUUGAUGGUGGCUAUAGUACUACUAAUGUGGCUUUAGCUGAAGCCUACAAGAAAUUGUUCCCAUCAGUUACUACCAAUGAAGCAAUGUAAUUUUUAUUAAAAGUAUGUGAAAUAAUGAAUACAGAGACCAAUUUCUAUUGCAUUCAAA